GGAAUUUAUUUUGAAAAAACGGAUGUACCAUUUACUGUUCUUUGUAACUUACUUGUAUGUCUAAAUAUUUUAAUUAAUAAAUGCAUUUUUUAUCAUUUACAUGUAGUACCGUUCUUCACCAAAGGGGGCGAUAAUGACACAUUUAUCCUAUUCGAAUGCCCCAGAAACAGCAGAAGAACAAAAGGGGGAGGCAGCAGCUUUUAUUUUCAUCUUGUGGCAGUUGAGGUUUUUACUCCGAAAGUUUUUUUUUUUUCAACCCCCAGUCUUGACUUCUGCCGCCGACUAUGCUAACGGGCAGUCGGCAUCUCUAUGUUUGCUAACGCGACCCGCCCGGCGUUGGAAAUGUUGAGCGUGGACUCGUUGCAGGUGGCGGAGGAGGAGGUGGUGGAGUCUAGCUCCAACAAACUCGGUGAUAUUUACACUUUUGUCGCUAAAGGCAGUUUCCCGCAGUCAAUGAAUCCUUUACGGAAAAAGAACCUCAAAAGAUACGCACAGAAAUUCAUCAUGGACGAAGGAAAGCUUUACUAUGUGGGUCCAAAGAAAGACGAGAAGAGGGAGGUGGUGAUCGAAGCGGACAGGAAGAGGCAGAUUUUCCUGGACUGCCACUUCAAUGACAUCGGCCAUCACCUGGGCCAAAAGAAGACCGUGCACAGGAUCCAGAGCAAGUACUACUGGCUGGGAAUCAUCAAGGAUGUUGUUGACUGGAUAAAGGUGUGUGAGACGUGUCAGCACGCUGAGAGGAAUAAGAACCUGGCACGGACUGUCCGGCCAAUCAAAGUGGACGCUCCGUGGGAUGUUGUUGGGAUAGACACUAUAGGGCCUUUCCCAGAGACCCAGCGAGGAAACAAAAGCGUUGUUCUGAUCAUCGAUUACUUCAGUAAAUGGCCAGAGGCGUUUCCUGUACCAAAGACGGACGCCCUCUCUGUUGCACGAUGCGUUUCAACAUGCAUAUACAGGUUUGGUGCUCCUAAAACGAUAGUGUGCAUUCAGAAGGAAGACUUCUGUGAUGAGGUGACGAGGCAGCUGUCUGACAGGUGGAGUCUAGUGCAGAAGGUUUCCCCCUUUGAUCAGCUGCAGCUCAACCCGCUCCAUGACUGCACGGCUCCGUUGCUUAAGGAGGCCGUAGUGCAGAUGGUGUCGGAGAAACAUGCAGAAUGGGAUGAUUUUCUGGACCCUGUCCUCUUUCUGUUCCGUACCUCCACCAACUCCACCACCAGGUUCACCCCUUACUCCCUCAUGUUCAGCAGGAAGGCCAAUCUACCAAACAGGACGACACUAAACCUGUUGAACUGUGAGAGUCCUGAACACGACAUGCUCUGCACUAAGGAGAAAGCUUCCACAUGCAUGACGAUCAUCCAAGAGCAGCAGAACUCUGUCAAACAACUGGUGAUCACAAACAUGAAUGCGGCCUACAAACAAGAGAAGAAAAAGAACGCCAAGCGCAGGGCGUACACUGUGGCUCCCGUUACUUUGAAAAUAGCAGACCCCCUGUUUUCUGUAGGAGACGUUCCCUCCCCUAAAAAGGUCCGGGAGAGCUUGUAUUUGUCUUUUCCUGUUGAAACGGUGCUGGCCACGGCGCCAAACAGCUCGGAGGACGCGAAAACUGAUUUGGAGUAUCAUCUGGCGCAGUCGGACAUCCACUGAUACUGAAGGAGAGGCAUGGACACGUGGGGCCGACCCCGCUUCUGUGUGGGGCAGAUGCUUCCUGGAAGUCAUCGGCUGACCGUCGACCUUCAGAUUCUGGGACAGUUGACCCCUGGAAUGAGCUGACACGUUCAUCCGCUGAAGGAACUGCAGGUUCAUGUUUCAGAAAAGAAUUGACUGAACUGAGAAACACUUGUAGAAAUGUGGCUAUUUAGAGUUUUUUUAUGUUUACUUUUAGUUUGUCGUCGAGACGUUGUAUCCAUCCUAAUAUUAUUUUUAAUAGUAAUUUAUGCAUAGUUUCACAUUUGGUUUGAGAUAAAAUGCUCCUGUUUUUCAUUUGUUACACAAAUAUGUUCAUCUUUUUUAAAUUAUAUGAAUAUUUAAAAUAAAUUGUUGAUUUUUCAAAAAAUGUAAGCAACUGCAA